GGUAACCUUUGCAUUUGCAGAUAGAAAAGCAUGGCUCUGAGCCUCAUACACCACAAACUCCCUCUUUCUUCUUCCAACAUCUUCUUCCUUCACCCUUCCAUUUCACACCACACUCACCCUCUUGGUCUUUCAAAACCCUGCUUUCUCUUACACUCCAAAACCCCAACCUCAUCACUCUCUCUAUCCGUUUGUCUAUGUGCAUCACCAUCUAAUGCCACCCACUCUUCAACAACCCCCAUUUUCCUUCAACAUCUCCAACAACAAGAACAAGAACAAGAACAAGGCAUAGAAGCAAUAGAAGAAGAGGAAGAAGAAGAAGAAGAGCAAGAACAAUCACAUGACCCAGAUGAUCCAAUCUACAAAUUCUUCAAAACACGCACUUGGGUUCCCUCCCAAGACCCUGGAACAGAAGGAAAAUUGACAAUUCAGAAGAACCGUCGCAUUUCAUGGCAUCUUGCUCCGGAAGCCAGCGACUUUGUUGAAGAAGCUGAAAUGGGUUCGGAGGAAACCAACUUGUUUGUUGAGGAGAAGGAAGAAAUGGGGUUUCAGAAGAAGGAAUUACCUGAAGGGGUAGUGGGUGAAAUUGUUCAGCUUGCAAGGAACUUGCCGCAAAAUCUGACUCUGGAGGAGGCUUUGGCUGAAUAUGAAGGAAGGGUUAGUGAUAAAGAGUGUUGGCAGGUCUUGGAAUUACUUGGGGAGGAGCACCUUCUGGUGUCUUGUUUGUACUUCUUUCAGUGGAUGAGGCUUCAGGAACCAUCACUUGUUACACCUCGGGCUUGUACUUUGUUGUUUCCAUUGUUGGGAAGAGCAGGGAUGGGUGAAAAGUUGAUGCUUUUGUUCAGAAACUUACCAUCUAGCAAGGAGUUCAGAGAUGUUCAUGUUUAUAAUGCCGCAAUUUCAGGCCUUCUGUCUUGUGCCAGGUAUGAAGAUGCUUGGAAGGUGUAUGAGUCAAUGGAAACAGAUAAUAUUCGUCCAGAUCAUGUGACAUGCUCGAUUACGGUUACCGUUAUGAGAAAAAUUGGCCGUAGUGCGAAAGAUGCAUGGCAAUUUUUUGAGAAAAUGAACAGAAAAGGGGUCAGAUGGAGUGAAGAAGUCCUAGGUGCGUUAAUAAAGUCAUUUUGUUCUGAGGGUCUGAUGAGGGAAGCUCUCAUCAUCCAAUCUGAAAUGGAGAAGAAAGGGGUCUCUUCAAAUGCAAUUGUGUACAACACUCUGAUGGAUGCAUAUUGUAAAUCCAACCAUGUAGAAGAAGCUGAAGGCCUUUUUGUUGAGAUGAAAGCUAAAGGGAUUAAGCCCACCGCAGCUACCUUCAACAUUCUAAUGCAUGCAUACAGCAGAAGAAUGCAACAUAAAAUUGUAGAGAAGCUGCUGGCAGAAAUGCAGGAUGUUGGCUUGAAGCCAAAUGCUCAUUCAUAUACCUGUCUAAUCAGUGCAUAUGGGAAGCAGAAAGAUAUGAGUGACAUGGCUGCAGAUGCAUUCUUGAAGAUGAAGAAAGUUGGCAUAAAGCCUACUUCACAUUCUUAUACAGCUAUGAUCCAUGCGUAUUCAGUUAGUGGCUUGCAUGAGAAAGCUUAUGCGGCAUUUGAAAACAUGCAAAGGGAAGGUAUUAAACCUUCUAUAGAAACCUACACUGCUUUACUGGAUGCAUUUAGGCGUGCUGGUGACACCCAAACAUUGAUGAAAAUAUGGAAGUCAAUGAGGAGCGAGAAAGUUGAAGGAACACUGGUGACAUUCAACACUCUUGUUGAUGGUUUUGCUAAACAAGGUCACUUCAUGGAAGCAAGAGAUGUAAUAUCUGAAUUUGGGAAGGUUGGAUUGCACCCAACAGUGAUUACAUACAAUAUGUUGAUGAAUGCAUAUGCACGAGGAGGGCAACACUCAAAGCUGCCACAGCUGUUGAAAGAGAUGGCAGUUCUUAAAUUAAAACCAGAUUCUGUAACUUAUUCAACUAUGAUAUAUGCCUUUAUUCGUGUUAGAGAUUUUAAGCGAGCAUUUUUUUAUCACAAGAAGAUGAUCAAGAGUGGGCAGGUGAUGGAUUCCUAUUCUUACCAGAAGCUUCGGGAUAUUCUUGAUGUCAAAGCUAAGAAGAAAAACAAGAAGGAUAGGAGAGCCUUGGCUGGUAUAAUCCAUAGUAAGAUGGGCAUUGUGAAAGCGAAGACAAAAAAAGAUGAGUUCUGGAAGGACAAGAAAAGACAUGUAAAAACAAGGUAGUUCUGAUAUUGAUGUGUAGUAUGUUAAGGCUGCAAUGCACUGUAAGAAUUGUAAAUUCAGUUUUGACCCACUUUUGAUUUCUUUAAAUGGAUGACAUCAGGAGCUUCUUGAUUUUAACUUAAAACAAUAUAUGCCUUAACUAUAUGCCAUCAGGAGCUUCUUCAUUCAGCAAUAUAUUUAGCUCUUUUUCAGGUAGAUGGGGCUAGUUUAAAAUUUAAAAUAUUUGUAUGCAGAGAUUGGGAGUGGUCAUCAUUUGAAAAACAAUCAAAAAUGAAACAUA